CCUCCUCCUUCCCGGCUCCCUCCCACCUCCUCCCUCUUGCUCCGCGCGCCUUGAUGAGCGUGGGUGCGCCGCGGGCUCCAGGCAAGCAAGCCAGGCACGGUUUCUGGAGGGGAGGCGCGCGACCGCGGGAGGAGACGCAGCGAUGGCCGAGCGCUACCUCAUCACCAGGGACGCCGUGCCCGAGGGCGCGGCGGUGCCCGAAAUGGUGAAGAUGAAGCUCGAGCGCAACGCCGCGCUCGCGGAGGAGAAGCAGAAGGCCGCCGCCGUGAAGAAGGUCGAGAGGAGCACGCGCCGCCACGACCUGAAGAUGCGCACGCUCAAGUACGAGAAGGAGUACGCCUCGCACACCCGCAAGCUGGUGGCCCUCCGCCGCCAGGCCAAGUCCGCCGGCAACUUCUUCGUCGAGCCCGAGGCCAAGCUGCUGUUCGUGGUGCGCAUCGUUGGCAUCAUCAAGCUGAGCCCAAAGCCUCGGAAGGUGCUGCAGCUGCUCAGGCUGAAGCAGCUCCACAACGGCGUGUUCCUUAAGGUCAACAAGCCCAUCCUUAACAUGCUCAAGCUGGUGCAGCCGUACGUCACCUACGGCUACCCAACGCUGAAGACCGUCCGCGACCUGGUCUACAAGCGCGGCUUCGGCAAGGUCAACAAGCAGCGCAUCCCGUUGUCGGACAACGAGAUCAUCUCCGGCUCCCUCGGAGAGAAGGACAUCCACGGCGUCGAGGACCUGAUUCACGAGAUUUUCACCGUCGGCCCGGCAUUCAAGCAGUGCUCGAACUUCCUCUGGCCAUUCAAGCUGUCGGCGCCGAAGGGCGGGUUCGAGAAGAAGCGCCACGGCUUCUGCGAGCAGCGCGGAGGUGCCUGGGGCAACCGGGAGGACCUCAUCAACGAGCUCGUGGGGCGCAUGAACUGAGCGCGGAGCCCCGCACGGAGCGGGCGUCCGUGGUCUGCGCGGCCUGCACGCCACGAGAUCCGACGCCGCGACAAAAAUGCAACACCGUGAGGAACCACGACCAGCACCC